UUUAAAAGCUGUGCCACGGCGUGGCGUUGGUUGGCCUCCGCUCCACUCCACGCACGCCCCUCUCAUUUCCAGUCCACCUUCCAACCCAUCGCCCUGCCUACCUUCUCCCUCUCUCUCUCUCUCGUCCACGCCUCCGGUCGUUCCCCUUCCUCCCUCUGCCUGACACUCACCGGCCGCCAUGACGGAGGAGGCCGAGGCGGCCGGCAUCAUCUGCUCGCUCCGCGCGGCCGACCUCGCCGGGUGGACGCCGCCCUGGAAGGCGAGCGCGCCGGCGUCGUCCGAAGCCACGGCGAAGGAGGAGACGGCCUGGCCGGCGGUGGCGCGGGGGAAGCGGACGCGGGCGUCGCGCUCCGGCUCCGCGGCCAGCAAGAACAAGGGGAGAUGGGCCCGGGGCAGCCCCGCGUCCCCGCUCGACUACAGCGGCGGGUCCGGGUCCGGCGCGUCCACCAGCGGCGGCGAGGACGGCGCCUUCUGCUCGCCGCCGGCGGCGGCGGUCGCCCUCGCGCGCGGGCACGCCGGCCCAACCACCGCCACCCCAGCUUCUUCAUCAGCCAAGGUUGGUCCUGCCGGAGGAGCACGGCGCCCGUCGAUCAUGCCCGUCCCGCCGGCCCGCACUGCCGGCCAGAGGUCGCGGAAGAAGAUGAGGCUCCCGGAAGUGAAGCAGCUGGUGCUGUCCCUGUCGGCGGAGAACGUUGGCCUUCGCCGGGAGAUGGAGACGCUGCUGAGGGCCUGCACGGCGCUGUCCAAUGAGAACGGCAGACUAGAGACAAGGUUUGAGCAUUCUUCCUCCUCGAACAAGCGGAAGAUGGUAGGGUCCGAAGAGGCGGAGCGGCGACAAAGGAAGCCGCAGCAAGCCGGUGGCGGCUUUGCGCUCCCCGACCUCAACUUUCCGGCGCAGGAUGUCGCCGACGCACCAGCAGCGGCUCCCUCACGGCCAACCUGACAAGUUUAUUAACCGUGUAUAGGGAAGAAAGCUGGAGGAGCGAUCUCUUACCGUGCCUGGCGUGCUACCAGGGAACGAGAGGAGCCCGCCGGUCUCAUUACCUUAGCUGAUAAACUUUUUCUUUUUCUUUUGUUUAGUUCUGAGUUUUACCGCUCGCUUCUUCUUCUUCUUCUUUACCAAUGUAGCUCAAGUUUCAGGCGUGCUACUUGGUUCCUGUAACCAAACAAACAAACAAACACAAUGCGUUGGGGAAAUUGUCGAUGCUCUCUUGUUGAA